GGAGGGUAGGGGUUUUCAUUACUGUUUUUGCAAUGAAUUUCCUCAUCUAGCACUAAUUUAGAGCCCAGAGUGAAGUUUUUUCUUUAUCUUUAAAAAAAAAAAAAAAAAGAAAAAAAAAUCUGCCUCAAAAAUUGUUAUUCUAUUUAGAGCUACAAAUAUAGAUCCUCCAUGUUUCCUAAUAGCAGCAAUGUUUACAACCCUUUUCCAAACAUCAUCAAUAGCAACCACCAUUCCAAUAUCACACCUGAAAGUAACUUUUCAAUGACUUGUACUAGUGAUCAUGGAAACGCUAUAAACUUCCACACACUAAUUGAUCAUCAUCAACAUGAAUAUGAUGAUUAUGAUGAUGGGUUACUUCUAAGCCAUUUGCUGUCUCAACAGCAACUCUUGUUGUCUCCUCAACCCGAUCAUCAGAUUGAAGAAGAUCAUAGCUUCAACAUCUCUAAAGAUCAGUUAGAAGCGGAUGCGAACACAAAAGGGUUUUCGAUGAUGAUGAAGAAGAAAACUAGUAAGAGCGAAGGCCAAAGCCGUCGAAAGAGAACAGGGAAGAAAGACAGGCACAGCAAGAUUUGCACGGCACAAGGUCCGCGAGAUCGGAGAAUGAGGCUUUCUCUUCAGAUUGCUCGGAAGUUCUUCGAUCUUCAAGAUAUGUUAGGGUUUGACAAAGCUAGCAAAACCAUCGAGUGGCUGUUUCUCAAGUCGAAAUCCGCCAUAAAAGAGCUCAAGGAGAAUGUUGUUCCACCAACACCGCAAGGAAAGCAAAACUGCCAGAGCUCAUCUACCACUUCGGAGAUCAGCGAAGUAUUGUCGGCGAGGACUAUUGAGAUUAUUGAUGCUGCUGAUGAUAGAGAAGAAAACGGAAAGGAGAAAAAGAAGAGGAAAAAAUUAUGUUAUAAGGUUGGGAAGGAAUCUAGGGAAAAAGCAAGAGAAAGAGCCAGAGAAAGAACAAGAGAGAAGAUGAAGAUCCGAUCGGAAAAUGGUGGUAUUGAAAGAUCGAAAGAAAUGAAUCAUCGUCAUUAUGAUAAUUCUCUGAAAAUGGUGUGUGAAGCUCAUCAUGACCAAGAUCAACCGGUUAAUAUUGAUGAAUUAGCAGCAGUAGGUGAUGAUGAUAAGGUGCAUGUCAUGAAUUAUCCGAAUUGUUGUGUGCAAGGGGAUCUUAUGAGGGGAUCCUCAAGAUCAAGAUCAUCAUCAUCUGUGAUUUGUGAUUAUUUGCAAGAAAUUGGAGUGACAAGUAGUGGUGGGGCAAAUUCCGAGGAAGAUUUUCUCGGUAAUUUUCCUGGAAAUUGGGACACUAGUAAUGCUAAAACGCAGUCUUUUAGCUGCACAAUCACAAACGCCAAACGGUUUACAGCAGCAGCAGCAGCAGCAGGAGGUAACCAACUUUGUUGUCCAAUUUACUCGACCAAUUUCUCGGAUAUCCAAGAGGAAAAACCGAGUAAUAAUUAUUCAAUUGUUUUCCCAAACCCUUGUUCAAUUUUUGUGAAUCAAUCAGACCAUCAUAUUCAAACCCAAGAACAAAACCCUAAUUUUGACAAUACCAGUCCAAUUUUCUUGACCGGUUUAAUUGCUCAAGAUCAGCAGCAAAACCACCCAAGUUCAAAUUUGUUGACCAACUCUAAUAUUUUAUGGCAGUCUCAAAUCCUUGAAAACCAAUAUUUCUCUUGCAACCCUAUAAUCUCCAACAAAAAUCAUAUUUCAUAUUGAAAUACUGCAGAAGUUUGGACGGACUAGUCCACGAACAGGACAAAAAAAAUUUGUGUGUUUUUGGGAGGAUGAGUCUUUUUAAUUUCUAUAUAUUUGAAUGUUAUAUAAAUCGUCAAUGAUUUAA